AUGAUCUACUCAGAUAAUCCACUAUCAUUUUAUUAUUCAGAUUUCAAUAAACCUAUCUCUUCUAGUACGUUUGAUGAAGAACUGCCUCCUGACGUAAUCCCAAUAUCAGAUGACAGUUCAACACCUUCUGUUAUUGAAGAUGACGUGCCUCCAGAGAUUCCUUCUUUAUCCAGUUCUACUCCUGCUUUACCAGAUGAAUUGAUUAAUUCUUCCCCUGAGAACUCCCAUUCGGGUGGUAUCAUAGAUGAUACUACUAUAUCUUCAGAUACUUCACCUGCCAUAUCCCCUUCACUUGAGAAUUCCCCUUCUGGUGGUACCAUAGCUGAUCUCAAUACAUCAUCGGCCAAUCCAGUAUCUCCCUCUCUUUUAGCUCAGAAUUCCAAUUCGGGUGGUAUAACUCAACCAUCUGUUUCCACCGAUUUGGGUGGUAUAGGUAAGGAACAAGACAGUUCCAAGAAACGAAUUAGAGAAAUCAAUGAAAACAACGACAUGAAAAAACAACCAUACUGGAGAAAGAACGAUCUUUCAAGUAUAAACUUCCCACCACGUCAGAAAAGAAGAAUUCACCUUAUUAACUCUGUUAAACAUGCCAUAAACAAUCCUCCAUCAGUUGGGAAUAAUUCACUAUCUUAUAGAGAAGCAAUUACUUUAAAUCAGAAUCCAAUAGAUAAAGACUCAUACAAAAAAGCAUAUAUGAAGGAAGUUAAUCAGUUGAUGAAACACGAAACAUGGGACAACCAUAAUCUAUAUGACAUCCAAGAAGUCAAUCCAAAGACAGUUAUCAAUUCAAUGUUUAUAUUUAUAACAAAAAGAGACGGUACACAUAAAUGCAGAUUUGUUGCUCAAGGUGACCAACAAAAACCUGGUACUUACUAUGAUAGUCUAGCCGCUAACACAAUACACCAUGAAGCUCUAAUGACAUGUAUGGCUAUUGCACUAGACAACGAUAUGUUCAUUGUUCAACUAGAUAUAUCAUCCGCUUAUCUUUAUGCUGAUCUGAAAGAAGAACUUUACAUUAGGACACCUCCUCACUUGGGACAUAAGAACAAAGUUUUCAAACUACAGAAAUCACUCUAUGGUUUAAAACAGAGUGGUGCUAACUGGUAUGAAAACAUCAAAAAUUAUAUAACUGAAACAUGUGGUAUGUCUAGUAUAAGAGGGUGGUCAUGUGCCUUUAAGAAAGAUGAUUUAAUGGUAUGCUUAUUUGUUGAUAAUAUAAUUAUGUUUGGUAAGGACCAUAAUGAAUGA